GCUGAAACUGCUGCACCUGGCAUGCAUGUCUCCGCCCGAGAAGAGUCUUUGGAAGCCCCUUCCCGAUCAAAAGCAGCGGCAAGCACAGGCAUGUUCCUCCAUAGCGCAGGCGGCGAAGCACGCUCAUCUCGUCAUCGAGGCGGUUCCGGAUCGCCUGGACAUCAAGUGUAAAGUUUUUGCAGAGGCGCUGCAGGAAGCACGGCCCGGGUGUUUGCUGGCAACCAACACUCUCAGCUUAUCGCUCAAGAGCAUCCAAGAGGCGGUGCGUUAUGAGCUGGGUGGUGUGAAGUUACCGGCUUCGCUGAAGCCUCGAGUGGUGGGCCUCAGAUUUCUCUCGCCCGUAGUCUUCAUCCCAUUUGUAGAGGUCACCUUGACUGCUGAGCAGGAAAAGGGCCCGGACAAGGAGGACUUGCUUCAGAUGUUGUCAAAGUGGGGAAAGAACUGCUUCAUUUGCGACAUCGAAGGUUCUGUGGAGGCGGACGAGCGGAGCUCCAUCCGCCUGGCGCGCGAGCGGCUGCGGCUGGACACGCAGACGGCGCAGCGGCGCCAAACCACGGAGGCGGAACUGCGGGGCCUGCUGCAGCAGGGCAAGGUGCCGGCGGCGGUGGUGGACUUCCGUGAGCCCACCUGCUGCAUCUGCUAUGAGGCCGAGCCCAGCGUUCAGUCCAUGAUCUGUGGACACAAGGCGCUGUGCAACACCUGUGCUUCAGUGGUUGAAAGCGGUACCAAGCAGUGCCCCUUGUGCCGCGAGCGAUUCGUGCGACCCUGGGAUGUCUCGGUGUCCCUUUGAAGGUGCUUCAAAGCCACGCUCCUAGUGAGAUUCGUGGUUUCUGACCACUACUGAGCCUACAUCAACUUGAUGAAUUUGAAUAGAACAUCCCUGGUUUGGAUGGUUUGGUGACUCCUCUUUCCGC